AUGGGGAGGUAUGCAGUGGCCACCGUCUUACUCAUUCUGCUUGUGCUCCAAGCUCCACUCUUUUCUCUCUUUCCAUGUCCCGAUUGCCGGCGAAUCGCGUUUGAGAAACCGACACCAACACCGUCGCCGCCACCAUCGCGACCAUCACCUCCGUCGCCACAUCCAUCACCGAAGCCACACCCCCCGUCGCCUUCGCCUGCCCCUGCGCCCUCCCCGCCAAAGAAGUGCCCGAUAAACGCGCUCAAGCUCGGGAUGUGCGUCGACAUCCUUGAUGGGCUAGUCCACGUCGGGAUCGGGAAGAAGGCGAAGGAGGCAUGCUGCCCUGUGAUCAAGUGGUUGAUGGGCAUGGACGCCGCCGUAUGCCUGUGCAUGGCCAUCCGGUUGAAGCUCAUGGACGUGGACUUGCUCCUCCCCAUCACCCUCCAGAUGCUCGCGGACUGCGGCAAGCGCCUGCCGUCGAGCUACAAGUGCCCCUGCAUAGGUGAAGAUUGCUCCUGA